AUGUGGAGGUCUAAGGUGAUCACUGCCUCAAACCGCAUUUUUCCCGGAUUAAUAUAUCACGACUGGGAAAAACAAUACUGGGAUGCCGGGCACCUGGUAAAGUCAAAUUUACCUCUUCAAAUGGCAUUAUAUUUUGAUAUAUGGUUCUUUCCGAUUUGGUUUUUUAUAAUUCUCCUAGGAUUAGAUGCAAAGUAUUACAAUUUAAGUGGAGUAUAUAAAUUCAUAAAUAUCAGCGUUUAUUUAUUGAUUACAUGCAUCGAAUGUCUUAAAUUAUACCUAGGAUAUCUAGGUAAUUUAUCUGAAAAGAUUCCAGAAUUAGCGAGUUUCUGGCUGAUAUCAGCGUUACUACAAUUCCCACUGCUGGUAUUUAUGUUACUAGAUGCUAAUAUAUUAAUAUUUUUUAUUGAAAAAGCAUCUACGGGAAUGAUGGUUUUAUUGCUUAUCUUUGAAAUUAUUACCGGUACUAUCGCACUUAAUAAUAUAGCUGCACAUCACUUGAAGAGAUUCUACAUGGCACAGCUUUGUGGACGUGUUAAUAAAUUUAAUUAA